UGUACCCAGAUGCUUAGUGUAUGAGUGUAACUGCCAUACACAAGUGAAUCCAUGUUUCAUACUUUAUUUCCUUUGGCUUCUAGAAAUAUAUGCAGGUACUGCAAAUCUUGGUUGUGCCUUUAUUGCAUCUUGUAAGUGGUAACUUGUCUGUAAAUGGAAAUGCACGGUCAUAAAUGUCUAUGCAUGAUUAAAUUGUUGCAUCCUGAUUUUGUUGAAGUUUGGUACCAUUUUCAUUGGACUGUCAUACACGAUUUUAGCCAUAUCACAAAAUCUUGUAAAACAUUAUUGGUGUCACUGAGUUACUUAUUUCAAGUACCAACUACCAACUCAAAUAAGAAAACAAAGAAGAACAUAGACGUAUGUAAUUGUUAUCUACUGAAGAUUGAAGCAUGGAUACAUAAAGCUUACGUUUUAGCCAUUUUAAUUGUAGGUUCUUCGAACAUGGUUGUUAGCCCAAAAUCUAUCAUUCAUGAUUGCUGGAGGCACGGUGACUGCACUAUUGAUCUACCAUGCUUUGAAAUCAUCGCAUUUCGUUGUGUUUAUAUCACUUGUCAUUUUAAUCAAUGUUUACGGAGCCAUUGGUGUGCUUUCAAGUCUCACUGGGACUAUCUUGAUAGAACAAGAAUGGGUUGUGGUGAUUUCAAAGAUGAAUUCAGUUAUCUGAUGGAUUUAUCUAACCUGCAAGCUAUUUGCUCCAGUUGUCACUGGCUUCAUUAUCAGCUUUGUAUCACUGCAAGCAUCAGCAGUGACUUUAGCACUCUGGAAUAUUGUAUCUGUUUCGCUGCAAUAUUGGCCUCUGAUGUCUGUAUACAAUGGGAUUCCAGCUCUUAAGCGAAAGCAGCCGAAAGAAAACUAUGAAUGUGGUAGUGAGCGAUCCAUAAUGUGCAAUAUUAUACUAUAUUGUAAAUAUUAUAUAUUUUUUUUAUUGUAAAGUAAUACAAUUUUUAUUUCAUAUUAAUAUUCAAUUUUUAA